UGGACUGAUUCGGACGUGAUUGAUUUUGCUGGCCUCUCAAGCUGUCAGAGGACUGGCGCUGUUCUGUCUGGAACCAUGGCGGCCCUCCCAACCCCUCCACUCAUUCCUCCCCCUGGCGUUCCACUGAACGUGCUCCCGUCGCGCCAGAACUCUCAAAAUUCUUUUGCUCCCGUGGGAAUAGCUGCAGGCGCGGAAGACGUCAAAUAUCAAGCCAAGUACAAGGACCUCAAAAGAAAAUUGAAGGAGAUUGAAGCGGACAAUGACAGGCUUCAUUAUCGAGUGCUUCAAGCCAAACGUAGCAUCCAGAGAAUGAAGAUCGAACGCGCGGUCCUCUAUGAACGAUUACAGCUUGUCCCGACGUCGCCAGAGCCACAAGAAAGACACACCCACUCGUCCGUCCACCCAAGUCCCGGAAUGCAAGGACCGCAACAUCAUGCUAUGGCUCCUAAUCAUAUGUCUGCGCGAGAUCUAGAGGAGUACAAUCGGGGCUCACACCCUCGGUCUGGGCCCGUAGAAUCGCCGCGAGGUCCCGGUAGUCAUCCCCGACGCGGUUCAGGAGGAAUACCAGGACAGCCACAACUACAAUUCAUGCCUCAGCAGUUUGCACCCGCUCCACAUGAGCCACAUCGAAAUCACGCGCCUCCACCCGUCGCCCAUUCCAGCCCGGCACUGCAUGCGCACGAACGCACACGAUCACCUUCUCGUGGACGAGGGCACUCCCUCAGUUCUCAGCAGCAAGUCUAUCACCCUUCUCCAUAUGGCGACCCACCUCCGCUUCACAGUCCACCGCUAUCCGAUCGCGGCCGGUCGCGACACGAGAUGCAUGAGCCGGUCCAUCGUCAUCAAAACUCGCUUCCCCCACUGUCUCCACCUGCCGGGCGCAUUCAUCCUCAUCAACGCAUGGGGCCCGGAACGUAUAUUAAUCGCGAAGAGCCGAUGCCUGAGAGAGAUUGGGACCGUGAGCGACGCGACGCACCAAUGGAUGCGCGAUCUCCAAACUCCGCAAACCGAUCCCGGGCUGAGUAUCCCGAUACCCAUCAAAACCGUCGUCGCGAGGAAGCAGGUUACUUUGGUGACCGACCUGCCUAUUCGCGCUCGGAUAGCCCCGGCUCUCGCUCAGGAUCUGGCUCGGGCGCAGCCGAGGGAGUUCCCUCUCGGCCAGAUUCCCGCACGCAGUUCUAUCCAGAAGCUGAGCGAGGACCUGCAAGUGGCGCACCCCGGACUUCAUUCAGAUUGCGGCCUGUCGGCGGAGAGGAGGUCGAUUUCGGAGCAGGGAACACACCGCCGCCUGCGGUAGAUUCGCGAAAGCGGAGCAGGAAUGAAAUGGACGUCGACAGUGAGGAGCCUUCGGUGGGCUAUCCAGAGACCAGAAGCUCGAAGCGCUUCCACCAAACUUGAGGGAUUCUUACAUAUCUACAGUAUCUAAUUGAUUCUCUUCACAUCUUGGAACGGACAUGUACUUUACCCUCGCCGUCGCUUGCUCAAAAUGUUUUCG